UCCCUAACUCUUAUCAUAGAGAGAGGCGCGCAUCAUCAUCAGCGGGACAUGCGAAAACCAUGGCGCAAGUUCUAAACCUAAACUCUCUCGGUUCAUCUUCAUUGUUUACGACCCGACCCGAAUCAUCUGGUUUACUGUCUAUCAACGCUUCCCGCACUCAACAUGUUGGCCGAAACUGGAGCUCUUUGGUGCUCAGGCUCAAAUGCAACGGCAGAUUUUGUUGCCUUUUCUCAGAUAACCGCAGAGAGGAACAAGCUAGAAAAGCAUUAGAAAGUGCACUUGGUGGAAAGAAAACUGAAUUCGAGAAGUGGAACAAAGAAAUUAAAAGAAGAGAGGAAGCAGGUGGUGGGGAUAAUGCUGGUGGCGGAGGUUGGUUUGGAUGGGGUGGAAGAUUUGGUUGGUCCAAUGGCGAUCAUUUUUGGCAAGAAGCUCAACAAGCAAGCCUAGCUAUUCUUGGUAUUAUUGUCAUGUAUCUUGUAAUUGCAAAGGGGGAACUAUUGCUGGCUGUCAUCUUCAAUCCAUUGCUUUAUGCUUUGCGAGGAACCAGAGACGGAUUCUCCUAUGUAACAUCAAAAAUCCUAGGAAAUGGUCCUGUUGAUUCUAGCAAUACGGUAAACAAUGAAGCAUAUGUUCAAGUUUCUGCUAAAGAGAGUGUUUUGAGAAAAUGGGGAAGCAAUUGAAAUUAUAUGGCAGGUUUGGACAUAACCUUUUUUUGUUCUUUAUGUUAACAUGUGUGGUCGAUGAUUAUUGCAUUUGACCCGUAGUAUUCAGAAAUACCUUUGUGAAAGUUAAUGAAUGAGAUGUUAGUUAAAAUUUA